UUGUGUAGCGGCAGCAGUUCCAGUGUGAACCAUGGCCUCCCAGCAACCACCAGAGCCGCCGGCGGCGGAACCAGCUCCUACCACCUUAACCGCUCUCGGCGACGACCUCCUCCGCGAGAUAUUCCUCCUUCUCCCCUCCCUACCGAGCCUCGUCCGCGCCGCCUUCGCCUGCCGCACCUUCCUCCACGCCGUCCGCUCGUCCCCCGCUUUCCGCCGUCGCUUCCGCGCGCUCCACUCGCUCCCGCUCCUCGGCAUCUACUUCGACCCCGACGGCCCCGCCAUCCCCGCCUUCUCCCCCCUGCGCCGCAAAUCCGACCCGGACCUGAGGGCCGCCGUCCGCCGCUCCGACUUCUUCCUCACCGGCCUCCCCGACGACGACGACGACUUCCCCGGAUGGGUUAUCAACGACUGCCACGACGGCUACCUGAUCUUCGACAACUGGACCACACGGCAGGUCGCCGCCUACAACCCCCUCACGAUGGCCCUGGAUCUCAUCCCCCAGCUGCCGGCCGAGUUCUACGAUUGCUCCAACGACAACUUCAACUGCCUUGAUUUCCACAUCAUCUCCCCUGAAGAGGACGACGGGGUGUUCCGCGUGAUCUAUGCCUGCCAUGACGAGUCGCGGGCACGCGCUGCGGUCUUCUCCUCGGAUACCAGGGCGUGGAAGGUUUUCCCCUGGUCCGAAGAUGUGAAGACGCCGCAGCCUGCCCAGGAAAAGCACUGGCUUACCGCUGGUAGGAUGGCGAAUGGGUUCGUCUACUGGAUAUACUUGGAUGAAGCCUCCAUGCUCCUGCUCAACACCACCACAUUGCAGUUCUCUCGGAUGGAUCUGCCGCCCUACUUGGAAGGACAUACUCACAUGUUUAGGGUUGGCAACACCAAGGAUGGGGUGCUCUGUAUCGUUGUUGCAAUUGCAUUCAAACUGUAUGUUUGGGUCCGGAAAAUUUGUGAUGAUGGCGUCGAGAAAUGGGUGAAAGGUGAGCUGUUUGAUUUAGAUGGUACUAGUAUUGUUGAGGAGACUGGGGGUACACUCGAGGAACACGGUGAACUCAAGGUUGUGGGUGUUGUCGAUGGAUUCGUCUACUUCUCUACCCAUGAGACCUUCGAGGAUGCAAAUCUUCCUUGCUGGUUCCUAUCUUUAGACCUGGAGACAUCAGACAUUGACUUGCUUUUUCGGAAGAUAUAUGAUAGUCAUAUCCAUCCCUACAUUAUGCCUUGGCCUCGUUCUUUGGUAUGCGACAAGCCAUGUCUUCAAGUUGAAGGUGCUUCAUGAAACGUCGGCAAGGAUUGACAGCCUGCCUCUGUUGGGAUGUUGUAGCAACUACAAGUCUUCAACAGGAUGGAUGAAUCAAAUGGGGAGGUAUGGAGGUGUAGCUCAACUGCUCAAGUGUAUCUGUAUUUGCAUCUCAGAGAUGUCGAGAAACAAUGAUUGUUUCUUGUAUCUGUAUUUGGUUAUAAACUGUUAGUGAUGUUGGGAAAAUGUUUAUGAAGCCUACAAACCAAGUUUGUGAAGUGUAUUAUGUGUACUUUGUUGUUAGCUCUUAGUGGUGCUGGGAAUGUUUGAGAAAGCUAUAAACCUUGUUAA